UUCGAUUGUAGUCUUUCUUUCUUUCCUUCUACACUGAUGAUGAGCUCUUCAAGCGAUUCAUCAUCAUCUCAAGUACUAGGACUAGGCCUCGGACUGACCGAAGAAAGAUCGAUCAAGGAAGUCUAUCAGAGAAGAACAAAACGAAUCCAGUACUUUGACCAGAUCGAAACCAUGAACGACAACAAUCACAACAACCAUCAUCUCAACCACCCUCAUCACUGCCAUCAGUCAUCAUCCCACUAUCAACCAGGGAGCCCAGUCAAGAGCACAAUCCUACUCAAGAACACACUCCUACCCAAGAGCCCACUCCCACUCGAGAGCACAGUCCUACCCAAGAACACAGUCCUACUCAAGAACAUCCUCCUACUCAAGAACAUCCUCCUGCCCAAGAAAAUCAUCCUACUCACGAAAACACCCGGAGAUUCAGAACUAGGAAGGCAAACCAACUCAAACCAUAUACCAUCGAAACCAAGACUUACAUCUCAAAACUUAACCACACCGGAUGGGAAGAUGCAGUCGUCAAAUUUCCUAGACGAACUGAGAGAAACGACCCCCCAUCCCCACCACUCUCGAUCGAUCUUCAAGAGGAGGAGCUAGAAAACUCCCUCAGUGAUUCUUCAUCACCAUCAUCAUCACCACUACCAAAUGAAUCUCAAAUCGCCCAAUUCUGCCAGAGGAAAUUUCACAGCAGGCCUCAAACCAGUGACACCCGCACCCCAAGACAUAAUCAACCCCGUCGUCGAUUCUCGCAGCCUGAUCCUCCUAAUCAACCAGGUCCUUCAAAUCCCAAACAAAUCCCAAGAUCAACCGAUCAUAGCAACAAGACCAGUCACACACAUCGAACACUCCACCCACUGAAAACUGCUUCAACCUCCAAAAACAAUCAUCCAGCCCAUCUGAACCAUCACACCCCAUCCAGACAAUCCUCAUCCAGCCAAAUCUCAUCCUCACCGUCGAUCGUAUUUCAACCUAAUCACUUAUCACCACCUCGAACAACCAACCGCAAACGUACCGCGUCCCUCCAGAAUCAGGCUAAGCUACCUAGUUCAAAGAGACCCUCUCGCUUACCUUCGCCUCAUUCAAGACAAUCUAACAAUCGCUCGGAUAAUCACUCUCCACACAGAGCUGAUGGCCUAUCAAAUCGACAUCGUAGCCACCCUCAACGUGGGAAAAGUCAUAGCAAAUCCUCUUCGGUGAAUAGAACGCGUAAUCUUCAAGCACGCGAUCGUGGCGAGUCGACUAGAUGUGACCCAGCCAAUUCAUCCAAGGGCUCGCUUGCUCUCGGUGGAUCUGCAGACGAAGAUUUGGAUGAUGAAGAGGAAGAAGAAGAGGAAGAGGAGGAGGAACCCAACGAACCACCAGAGACUUUACAUCCAAAGAAGCUGAAACUGAAUCUGUUGAAUCGAAUGAUGCCACGCGUCUAUGUGGCCAAGGCAGAGAAAGAUUUACGACUGAUGGAACAAGAGAAAAAGGCUGGGAAGAUGAGACUGACGGUCGAUUCGGAUUCCUCAGACUCUGCCGUUACUAUUGACCAGCACCCCCAUUCUCGACGUCAACCAACGAAACGAGCUGCACGGCGUAAAUCUAUACCCUUAUCAUGCUCGUCAGAUGACUCUAGCCGGAGAGCCACCAGCUCCCGGAUCGGGACCACCGAGUCAUCGCACCAUCAACCAUGGCAGCAAGAGCCCGCUGGGAUGAGCUGGGGCACGAGGAUGUGCAUGAGGAUGAACAGGUCAUCUUCCUCCACCUCUCAGCUCCUCAACCCCUCUCGGACUCUUGAACGAACCGCCUCUCACGCUAGCUCAGUCUCGUCACGCGUCAGUCAGAACACAUCCUCAAGGACUUCCCGUGUCAUCUCUCAGUCGCGCAGUAAUAAGCUGGAACACGCUAUCUCCCUCAAGGACGAUCAUGCCCUAUGGAGGACCUACGAAUCCGCAAAUGGUCGCCCGGCACUCAAUCUCCCUCCUCCAGGCUGGCGUCGCGAGAGCCUCGCCGAUGAUCAGAUGGAGGCUGAACUGGUACAAGUCCCGAUAUGGGAUUUCAAGGACUUCACGCCCGACUUUGGGAUCAGCCGUUUGCCUGCCAACCUGAAAAUCACCAGCCAGGUGGGCUACCUAAGCGACGGCCAUCUCUUAGAACUAAUCGGCCUCUUCGAUGAAUCUACCCAAGAUACGAUCGUCGACCCCGUCAUUAUCUUUGAGAAAACCUAUUCAGGGUUCAUGACCCUCGAAGAAUGGCACGACCGUCUCUCUUCAGCAGCUGAUCGGAUUCAUGACGAGCUAUCAGGAUGGCUAGCUGAAGAUUCGGGGCGGUCAAAGGAUGCAUUGACAGAGACGGGGAGAUGGUUCAAGUUCAUGGGCCGGUCGAUCACCUCGGUUGGGUUUGAUGACCGGCUGGUCGAGUCGAUGGUUGGCUGGAUUGAAGACUUCCUCAUCCGGGUCGACGACCUCGCAGUCGACGCCGUCAAUAGGCCCGAGUUCAGCAACCUGAUGUUGGUCACUAGUUGGGGUAUCUUUGAGCUCGUCUGCCGGCUGGACCUCCGUCAUCACCGACAUCCCAUCAAUAGCGCUCCAUCCUUGCAAACCCUUCUCGAGCUUGGUCAUCGAUCACUCUCCAACCUCUUGAGACGUCUGUUGGAGUAUGGGCCCCCAGUCACGAUGGGCAAGUUGAAGGCUCACAUCUCCAACGACGAUCGAGAAGGCCCCCUAUUUGAUGUCUCGGUAGAAGUUUGGGCCUCCUUACUAAACAUCAUCCUGACGCCGAUUGGGAAUGGCUCCAAAGCAGAAUACCUGCUGAUUGAUAAUUUUUGGACCAAGGUCAUUGACGGGACCCGGUGUCACGCUCGGCGGAUUGAAUUGAGCCAAAUGGCGUGCGGGGAGGCGGUCAGUUACCUGGCGAUGAUGCUUUGCGUGAUUUCUCAGAUCUUGCCCAACGGCGAGACGGCUGAAGCUGGUCGCAUAGGAGCUCAUUGGCCGGUUCUCGUUGCCUCUCUGGGCAAGAUACCGGAGACUAUCUUGGCUGAGACCCUCGAGGUCCGGAUGCGUGAACGGCGAGAUCGAUACGUCCGAUCACUGUUCGCUCGGAUCUUGGUCUUCCACGAACGUUGGCGCUGGGAGCUGUGCUUUGACGAUGGGAUGGUCGAGCGAUUGUAUAAAAUCUUGAACGCUGGAAGAUUUGAAAGACUCUCGAUCGAGCUCCCUGAGAUGAACCAACGGUUCGGUUCUGUCGACAGUUUCCCACACCUCUUAGAAGAUCUCGAAUAUGAAGAGCUGAAACAGAUCUCAAGCUCUGAAGAUCUUUUGUUCAGAUUAGAUACUAAGAUGAGGACAGACGAUAGCUGUUUUGGAAUCUUUUUGAAGAUCCUCGUCGUCGGAUUCAAGGCUCUUCCGCGACCGAUCGAAGCUUCGAAACAAAAGGAGAUCGAGAAGAUCAUUUCCCGAUGCAAUCCGUUACGACAGCUAUCCUUCAAGCCCUCUCGAGAACUAGGACCGACGGAUCCGAAGAUAACCGAGCAGAACCGGACGAGCUUGGUCAACCACUCCGCCCUUUUCUUAAUCUACUCGAUCCUGCUUCCGAAUACUUUGAAACGACAAUGGUCGUUCCUUUGCAAUCUUUACAGCUUCGGCUCCAUCGACAUUCCCGCCCGAUCGACUCACUUCAAAAUAUUAUGCCAGUUUGCCAAGUUCUUGAAACCCUCGUCUUCCUUUUCUCCAUCAACGGGCAUUAUCCAUGGUUUUGGCCGAUUCGAGUACUUGAAGAUCAUUGUCAAGAAGUUUUCUGAGAACUUGACGCUCUUGAAACUCGAGUACUCAAAACUCAAAGAACGAGAAUCGGUGAUCCAAGGACGUCUGAGCACGCCCACCCAUAACUCCGUCGGUGCUGCUGCUAGUUCCUCUACUUCGAGGGAUAUCUUCAAGAAAGAUUCGGUUGAACAUACUACUCUAAGACUCGAACUGAAAGAAAUAUCUGACGCGAUCACAUCCAGAAUCCGACUGAUCACUCAAAUACUUGAUUCCUUACUCAAUCUUUUCUCUUUUUAUUCACAUGAUCUUUCUCGGAAUGAUCAUCAUGCCUGGAUCUACCCUUCGUUAAUUUGGCUUGAUUCUUCGUGGACGGUUGGUCUAGAAGAGUCAAGUUUGGUGAAGGAGAAGCCGGUGAUGAGCGCGUUCAACAACUUGAUAUGUGCACUGUUAGCUCGACGGAGGGACAAGAUGGCUGAAGUGAUGGAGGACGAGAGACGAAUUCAGGCAAUCGAUGAGCGGCUAGGGGAAGCGUGUCGGGCCGAAGUAGCAAAUGGAGACGAGCUUGCGGACGACGAGCUGGUGCUCCAAAAGAGCGAGCUGAAGGAGCAGAUCCAGGCGGUGUAUCGCCUCGACCGAGAGUUUGUCGAACGGGCAGUCUCGACCCUCCCGGGUCCAUUGACGAAAUCAAUCGAGUUCUUGAUCCUCGAUCACCAUGAGCAAGCAUUGGAUCAAGAGCAGGACCGAUUUUUUUCGGUUGGGGUCCAGUCGAUCGGAGUUUUGGGCGCGAUCGACAGGCUCAAAGCGGCCCUCGACCCGGGCUUCAACUGGCUCAACAACUUCAGAUCUAUCGAGCGCUGGCUCGGCGCCGGACUCGCCUCCCGCCCAUCCGAUCCUCCCCACACCAAGGGUAAGGCCUCUUUGAGCAACACUCACAAGAAUCGGAACGAGUUGAGGGCCUUGACGCUGGCAACGACGGGUCUGAUGGGCUACUUGAUUGGCAACGUAGCCGGGUACUACGAAGAGGCCGCUCAUCUCGAUCAGUCUCACCAAGUCCCUCCUUCCUCUAGUACUAAGACGAUGACCACUGCUCUGAUGAGAGUCUAUCGAGGCCAAGUACGACUGGAAGUCUUGAAAGUAUGGAUCGACAGUCUGACGUUCAUCGAAUAUACCAUCCAACUCGCGUUCUCCUCCUUCAUUGUCCGUCUCGAAAAUGAUCUUCACGCACACUCUGCUUCUCAUCCCGACCAGCAAAUCGAGGAGCUCUAUGGCGCAUUCGUUCCUCCCAGUGAGGAUUGGAAUCGUUGGCUCGUCGACCAUCGGAUCCUCGAGCCGACUGGCCUCCCAUAUCUUGCUCCUGAUUGUUCCCUCGAAAAAGAGCUGGAUUUCUUGCUGAACUUGGCGUCGGGCGCCUCGGCCUUCGAAGCCAAACGUACAGAAAUCUUCGAGUUGAUUUUUGGGGAGAUGAAGAAGCACUUGAGUCGGUCGAUACUCGUCAUAGGCGUCGGAGAACGGGAGAAGGAAGUGAUCAGUACAGAGAAAUAUGUGAGACUAUAUAAGGAGAUCUUGGGGAGCUUGGCGGAAUCGAUCUCGACGUUGAAUCGACGAUUGGUCGUCUUCAUCUCCAUCGAGCCUCAUUCUCAUUCUUCUUCUUCUGUUAAAGAUCCACAACAGAGGAAAACUCUCCUCGAGAAUCAAGUCGCAAGGUGGAAGAAUAAGGUCAAGAUCAUCAUCCAUUCCUUGCUCUCUCUCGAUCAGAAUCAGAAUCAGAAUCAGAAUGUCUUGGGAACAGAGAAUCCAGAACAGGUGGUCCGAUUAGAUCAAUUCUUCAAUUUCUCUAGCUUUCCUAAAUUGAGAAUCUUAAAAUCUAUCUUGGGUAUUGCUUAACCCUCCUAUGUAAAUCAAUACUGUUUUUCCCCUCACCAUCAUCUCUCUCUCUCUCUCCUUCUCUUCUCUUUUUUUUUCAUCUAGUUCAUCAUUGUUUUGGGUAAUUUGUUUCGUGCACUUCAAG